UGGUGGCAGUAACGCGCCCAGUAGCUGCUUCUCCAACCUCCAGAAAACAGAGAAGAACAAAAAGAGGCUGCAGGUUUCUCGCCUGAGCAGCUGAGUUAUGCUACCGAGCUGAUCAUUUCUACAUUAAAUCAUUUCUGACAGAGUUUUACAGAGUCACAAUUGGAUUUGAUCCAGCUCGAAAUAAAAGCUCGUCAUUGUGUGAGUGUGUGUGUGUGUGUGUUUGAGGAUUUAAAACCCUGAGACCUGCUAUAAUGAGUUCAGCAGGAGGCAGACAGCGCUCCUCCAGAGAGUCUCAGGCUCCUGAUCCUGCUCCUGCUCCCUCACAGGAUGUGAAAACGGAGACUUCAGAUGGAGGGACAGAGGUCUGUGUGAAGAAAGAGGAGACGCUGGAGCAGAACAUCUCCAACCGUGGAAACAAUCGCAGAAACAGACCCGACGUUAUCUCCAUUAAAGAGGAAGAAGCUGAUCAUGAAGACAAUCUCUACUGUGAGGUUUGCAAAUCCUUCUUCUAUAACAAGUGUGAGGUUCAUGGUCCGGCACUCUUCAUCACUGAUACCCCUGUUCCCAUGGGAGUCCCUGACCGAGCCAGACAAACUCUUCCUCCUGGAUUAGAGAUUCGGAAGUCCGGUAUUCCUGAUGCAGGCUUGGGAGUGUUUAAUAAGGGGGAGACUGUUCCAGUUGGUGCACACUUCGGACCCUACCAGGGAGAGCUGGUAGACAGAGAGGAAGCUAUGAACAGUGGCUACUGUUGGGUGAUAUACAGAAGUGGGCAGUGUGAAGAAUACAUAGAUGCCAAGAGAGAAAUGCAUGCUAACUGGAUGAGGUAUGUGAAUUGUGCUCGUAAUGAUGAAGAGCAGAAUCUUGUGGCAUUUAAGUAUCGGGGUGGGAUUAUGUACCGUUGCUGUCGACCCAUCAACCCAGGACAGGAGCUCUUGGUGUGGUAUGAUGAGGAGUAUGCCAAAAAUCUCGGGCGUACAUAUGACUACCGCAGGAACAAAAAGUGCCACGCAAAUGAAUUAAACAAUGGCCUGUUGCAAGUCUUCUCCUGCUCCUUGUGUCCACUUUCCUAUACGUCUCAAACUGAUCUCAGCAAACACGUCCAGAGCUUCCACUACGAGGAGUAUGAGAGACAGCAAAAAUCAGGAGAGAUUAAAAAGGAAAUUCAGGUGACCACAAAUGGCUCCAGUGAUCAGCAAACUUCAUCUAGUACUCUUAGUUCUAACACUUCUCAGAAAGAAAUGCAGAAGAAAAUUCACCACUGCUCAGAGUGUGGAAAGAGUUUUGAUAAUCAGAGUGCUCUCAAAGCACAUCAGUGCAGUCACACUGGAGAGAGGCCGUAUUGCUGCUCGCAUUGUGGUAAGAGUUUUAAUCAUAAGAGUGUUCUCCGAAAACAUCAGCGCAUUCACACAGGAGAGAAGCCGUAUCGCUGCUCACAGUGUGGUAAGAGUUUUAUUCAAAAGAGUGAUCUCCAACAGCACCAGCGCAUUCACACAGGAGAGAAGCCGUAUAACUGCUCACAGUGUGGGAAGUGUUUUAAUCAUCAUAGUCAUCUCCAACUACACCAACGCAUUCACACAGGAGAGAAGCCGUUUCAGUGCUCACAGUGUGGAAAGAGUUUCACUCAAAAGAGUAACCUCCAAGUGCAUCAGCGUGUUCACACAGGAGAGAAACCGUUUCACUGCUCAGAGUGUGGGAAGAGUUUUACCCUUCAAAGUAAUCUCCAACUACACCAGCGCAUUCACACCGGAGAGAAGCCGCAUCAAUGCGCACAAUGUGGGAAGAGUUUUACCCAUCAGAGUACUUUCCAACGACACCAGCGCAUUCACACAGGAGAGAAACCAUAUUACUGCUCACAGUGUGGGAAGUGUUUUAAUCAUCAGAGUCAUCUCCAACGACAUCAGCGCAUUCAUACAGGAGAGAAGCCGUAUCACUGCUCACAGUGUGGAAAGAGUUUCUCUCAGCAGAGUAGUCUUCAUGUCCACCAGCGUAUUCACACAGGAGAGAAGCCGUAUCACUGCUCCCGGUGUGGGAAGAGUUUUACUUAUUCACUUACAUUCAAGACACACAAGUGCACUAACACAGACCCAUUGCAUUAUUUAAAUUAUUUGUCAAAUUAAGAUGUAAAAAUAGAAAUGUAAAAAUAAAAGAUUUUGGCUUAAAAUAAUCUGUGUAAACUGUAUUUUUGCAUUUAUUUUGACAUUCUGUAGUAAGCAAUAUAUUUAAUGUUAUUUUUAAUUAUUCUUAUUUUAUCCUUUGCUUUUGACCUUAAAUAGCCAUAACAUAAAAUGCAGAAAUACUGUGGAGAUGGUUUAAAAGCAUCACUGUCACUGUACUAUAGUGCAGCACAACACUAAAGCAGAGCCAAUGGAACAUACAUCCUGAGAGGUCCCCGAGACACCAGAUUGUUCCAUUAAACUCAAAAUACACGUAAACAGAGUAGAAAAAGUGCCAGUAUCUCAGUCCACCAAAACUCUUUUUUGCCUGUGGUCCAAACCCAUUUGUAUAUACAGUCAUGGGAAAAAGAAAGUACACCCUCCUUCAAUUCUAUGUCUAAUUUUAUCAGGGCGUAAAUGACAAUUGUCUCCCCUACUUCUAUAAACAAAAAAAAAUCUUAGGUGACAACAAAAAAAACACAUCAGAUUUCAAUAUGUAGUCAUUUUUUUCCCCAAAAAGUAAACCGACAUUCAGAAACCAGGCAGAAGAAAAUAAGUACACCAUUCCUACUUCCACAUUCAUUAAGAGAGUAAUUAGCAGCAGGGUGUUACUAAUGAAAUGCAUAGGAUUAGUUAAUCAUCAAGAAGUGUGAAUACCUCUAUAAAAGCAGAACUUUUGGCAGUUUGGUUUUCUUGAGCAAUCAGGUGUGUCUCUACGUCAUGCCAAGAAGAACGGACAUCAGCAAUGACCUCAGAGAAUCAAUUGUUGCUGCUCUUCAAUCUGGGAAGGGUUAUAAGGCUAUCUCCAAACAAUUUUAAAUUCACCAUUCUACAGUGAGGAGGAUUGUUUACAAAUGGGGAGCCUUCAAGUCAGUUGCCAAUCUUCCCAGGAGUGAGCAUCCCAGUAAAUUCAGUCCAAGCUCUGAUCGUUUGCUCAGAGAUAUAAAGAAAACCCCAAGACCUACAUCAUGUCACCUACUUGCCUCUGUAAGCACAAUCAGAAAAAGUCUGAACAAGUAUGCCUUUCAAGGGAAUGGUGGCUCUCACCAAAAACAAUAUGAUAACACAACUUAGGUUUGCAAAAUUGCAUCUGAUCAAACCACAAAAGUUCUGGAACAAUAUCCUUAGGACUGAGGAGACCAAAGUGGAGAUAUUUGGCCAUCAUGCAGAGCACCAUGUUUGGUGAAAACCAAACACAGCGUAUCACCGCAAACACCUCAUACCAACUGUCUAGCAUGGUGGUAGAGGAGGUUUGAAGGUUUGGGUUUGUUUUGCAGCCAUGGACCUGGAAAAUUUUGCAGUUCUAAACAUUGGUAAGUUCCUGUGGUAACUGGGUGUCCACUAUGCAACAGUGGAAGUUAAUGCUGCGCUGGAUUAAAAUGUUCAGAUUUACACAAGAUUACACACAACACUCCAUCUCUAUCUAUAUCUCUAGGCAUGUAGGCUAUAUUUUGACAAAGAUUUUGAAAGUGCAAAUUUUAAAAUAUAAAAAUCAAGCAUAUAUUUGGUGAUUGUUCAAACAUUUAGAAUGUUGUAUACACAUACAGUACUGUGCAAAAUUCUUUUUUUCCCCAAACACCUUUGCUUUUUAAACUGCAUCAAUAGUCUCAGGUACAUUUUAUGCAAUUUUAUAAGGAAACU